AUGGAGCUGCCCUCUCUCAGUAUCGUCAACGACGAAGAGCUGAUGGAUGAAGCUCUCGCGAUCCUCGACAGCGUCGACAUCGAGCGUCUCGGGGCUUCGGCCCCAGAACCUGCUCUAACCCUCCCUGAAGAAGAAGCAACUCAACAAGAUGCUGCCGACGACUUGCUCAAGACCGCGAUUCAAGCUGUCCACGCUGCGUAUCCUGAACACGGGGAACCACACGACAACUUCAAGAGCCACUCCAAGUCCUUUGAAUCGAAGUCGCGAGUGCCGGAGCAACCUGAUAAGGCAGCAACGACCUGUCAGGACGGCAACAAUCAGCAAGAAGCUGAUGGCGGUAGCAGCCUCCCCAUGCCAGUGCGUGGCCCGCUGCGCAUAUACACCACUGUUGUGGAGAAGCAGGCUCCACGACCUAGAAGCGGCGGGGGUCGUACGCGUAUGCGCGAGCAAUUGAUCCAGCUGCGCUCGGUGGUGCAGAAGAUGGAGCAUCAUCUCGAGACUCUACGAAGUCCACGCUCUCCUCGAUUCACGGAGUUCCUUGAGGACAACGAGGCAGAUGAGAAGGGAAGCAAGCGCGCUGCGGACGAUAUCUCGGGUGACGCCGCGGUGUGGCGCAACAUUGCAAUGCAGCAGUUCCAUGCCCGUCGUAAGGCUGAGAAGCAGAAUGCGGAGCUGCGCGAAAGCCUCGAGGCUCAGAUUCAACUGUCCAAGCAAGUUGAAGACCUGAUCCAGGCCCACCAAACGGACCCUGUAAGUUUCCUUAGAAUGUAA